AUACACAUGUGCAAACUUUGCCCUUGCACGACACUCCCCAAACCCGUGCGGCUCAACUCCAAAGAACUCAGCAGAUCUUUCCCGACUCAGUUUGAAGAGACUAACCUCUUUCAGCCGUGGAUUUCGCAAACGUCUUUGAGUACACAAGGAUCCUGCUCGGUCCGAACACUUUUUUUUUUCCUGAGCUGGAACUCACUUCAGAAAAUGUCUGCUUCGGUGCUGUCUCCCAUAUAUGAUUUCGACAGGCAAAAAGUCCCAAAUUCAAAUACAGUCUAUCUCCAGGACAUGCAGGAAAAGAGGAAGGUCGGGGUCCCAUUCGCCUCCUCCAAUACCAACAACAACAGAUCUUUUGGUUAUUUCAGGAGUAACUCGACAAACCACAUGGACUUCAACAUGAGCAACAGGCUUCAGAUCGGUUUAGAAAGCUCGACAGCUGCCUUCAUGAAUAAAGAGAACAAGUACCGAGACCGUGCAUUCAGUGAGACGGGGGAACGCAGUCAACAACUCCAUGAACUUCUUCAGCAAAAGCCCAGUUCUCAGAUAAACUCAACCCGCUACAAAACCGAACUCUGCAGACCGUUCGAAGAAAACGGCUCGUGCAAGUAUGGAGAAAAGUGUCAGUUCGCUCACGGCUACCAUGAACUGAGAAACCUGUCCCGCCACCCCAAGUACAAGACCGAGCCGUGCCGCACAUUCCACACUAUUGGUUUCUGCCCGUACGGCCCCCGAUGCCACUUCAUUCAUAACGCGGACGAGCGCAGAGCUGCCACAAGUAACACUCAACCGAGACUUAACCGGGAGAUGGGUGUCUUGAGUGUCUUGGGAGAGAAAGCGUCUACAAAUCCAUUUAUGACACGGAGGGAAAGACCGAAGCUGCACCACAGCUCGAGUUUUUCGGGAUUUUCCAGCUCCCACAGCAACGAGUCAGCGUUGAUUGACAGCCCGACAUCACGCACGCCCCCGCCGCCCACCUGCGCGUUCAGCUUCUAUGAGGACGCGCUCACUCCAAAUUCCCCCUGUCUAAACGCGUUCACUUUCCCCGAUCAGGAUCUUAAAGCUUUUCUUGCGCCUAUCAUCCCUCAGACCAGUGGAGCCUUGUUCAGUAACAUCCAUGCCAAUGCUUGUCCUCCAUCACCUCCUUUCAAAAUGAGCCACUUUCCCUCCAUGCGUCCACUCUCAGAGUCUCCAGUGUUUGAUUCUCCUCCAAGCCCACCAGAUUCCCUCUCAGAUCCUGAGGGGUACCUGAGUGGCUCUUGCUGUUCCUCUGGCACAAUCAGUGGCUCUGAGUCGCCCAGUAUGGAUGCCAAUAGACGUUUGCCAAUCUUCAGCAGGCUGUCGAUUUCAGACGAUUAACUUGCUAUUAUUGUUAUAGCUUUUUAUUCAAGUAGUGCCAACAUGAGUUUCAGGUCAAAUAUCAAAUAAGUGUCAGCUGUUGGUUUACGCCAAGUGUUUGUCUCAUGAUUGAGAUCCCUUUUUUUUUUUUUUUUUUUUUUUUUUAACUUACAACUUACCAAGAUGAUGGCUUUUAUGUAGACCGUUAUAGGGAAAUUUCAGGUUCAAUACAAGUUAAGCUCAAUCGACAACAUUUGUGGAGUAAUGUUGAUUAACACACUAAUUUCGUCUUAUUUAAAAAAAAAAAAAAAAAUCUAGAUUACAGUAAGGCACUUACAAUGGAAGUGAAUAGGGCCAAUCCAUAAAUGUUAAAAUACUAUUUCAAAACAAAGUAUAUCCACAAGACAAACCAUAUGUGUGCUAACAUGAUUUUAGUGUGACAAUCGCUUUUUAACCUUUUCUGUGUAAAGUUCUAUCCAGUUUUACAACUUUGUUGCAAUGACAACAUAAUGCUGUAAUCCUGGAAAAAUGACAAUUUAAUCAACUUUACAUCUUAAAUAAUACAAUAGUUUUAACAGAAGAUUUAAUGAAAUGCUUUUAUAAAAUUAUAAGCUUCACAUUUCUGCCUUUUUAAACCCUCCAAAGAUUGGCCUCAUUCACUUCCAUUGUAAGUGCCUCAUUACAACUUAAAUUACAAUUCCACAAAUGCCAUUGAUUGAGCUUUACUUGUAUUAACCCAGAAUAUUCCUUUAAAGUAACUGUCUUCGGAAAACAUUCCAUAAGUUUAAGUGUUUGGCAGUGCCGCAAAGUGGUGUGAGAGACCACAAGCGCUAACUGUGGAGGGACCCAUAGGUUGGUCAUGGAAUGUCACUGUAGAUGAUAUUUAAAAAAACAAACAAAAAAAAAACUGUGUGGUAUCAUUGCAUUUUGCAUCAUGCUAUGAAAUCUAUUUAACUUAUUUAUUGUCAUGUGAAAGUAUAGCUUUCAAGAUGAAUUGAGUCCAUAUGGUAUUUAUCAAAUCUGAAGCAAUACAUUUAUAUUCCUGUUUAAAUUGUGAUCUCCAAUAUUAAUCUGGAAGCAGUUGGGUUUGUGUCACAAUAAUAUAUUUUUGUUAACUUGUUUAUUUUACUGUAAAUAGGUAAAUAAUUUAAGAAAUUGUAUGCUAUUUAUUAAAAUUUUGUUUACUGUGUAUAUUAAAAAGUGGGAGCGUCCAAUGAGGUCACGCUGUGAUUUCUUGUUUGGUAGGGGGUGCCAGAGGAUCUAUGGGCAUUUGUAGAAUGUAGCCUGUUUUAUUUGGUCUUUUUGACCAUAAAUAACUAACUGACUUCACACCUAUUAGUAUGAGUAUUUGUUAUGAUUAGCAACCAUAAGGACAACCAAAAAAAAGUCUAUUUGCACACAGUUGAGUGAUGAUUGCAGUCUAGUGCCAGAGAAUGUAGCACUCUCCUAUCUUGAGCGUAAUAACUAGCUAAUAUGUGCCUGCUGGGGUUGAUGAUCCCACAUAAUUUAACCUAACAAAGCAGUUGCUUUAGUGUAUAUCUAAAGCCAAUCGAAUUGAAUGUAGCUUAUACUUAGAUUAACAUGCUGUAUUUAUGGUGACUAAGAUGCAUUUUCAUUCUGUUUAUUUGUCUAUUUUUAGAUCAUUUCAUCAUACCAUUCCUAAUGAAAGAUACUCUGCCUUACAGCUUUAAUUGCCUCUGAAUUUUCUGGCUGGAGGCAUUAAGUUUUGUAGUUGAUUAACAACUAUUUAACUUUUUUAGAUGAGUAAAACACAACUUUGAAUGUAAUAAGGAAAAAGUCAGCUGGCGUUAUGAGGGAGUGUGUAUACAAAGUGUGCAGAGUAAAUGUGUACUGUAUGUUUUUAAUAUUUCCCCUAGAACUGCUAAUAAAUGCAUUUUUUGAACAAGA